CCAUAGAAGGGGCUCACUAUGGCUUUAAUGCUAUAUCAGCUUCUCACAACUCCCAAAUGCUUGCUCUCCAACAUUGUAUACUCAUGAAUGAGACAUGCAGAUAGUGGUAAAAAUGUGAAAAAGGUGCAUCCGGUGUUGAAAUAGACAGAGUGUCAGUGUCUGUGAUGGAAGGAGAUUCAGUCACUCUACACACUGAUGUUAAAACAAAACAACGAGACAGAAUUAGAUGGUAUUUCAAUGACACACGCAUCGCUCAAAUCACUGGAGAUCUCAGUAAGACCUGUACAGAUGUUCAGUGUAAUGAAGAUACUGAGAGAUUCAGAGACAGACUGAAGCUGGAUCAUCAGACUGGAUCUCUGACCAUCAUGAACAUCAGAAACACAGACUCUGGAGAUUAUCAUCUAGAGACCAUAAUCAGCGGCAGCAUCAGUGAAAAGAUCUUCAAUGUCACUAUCACUGGAGGUCCUGGCUCAAAGGCAGUGCAAAUGAAGAGAACGAUGGAGAUGAAGGGAGCAUCAGACACUUUAAACAAUGGAGAGGCCAAAACCAGUGGCUCUGAUGACGGAGAUGAAGCCCCUGUUCUAUCAGCUAUAAAAACUUCAGCAUCGGAUCAAUAUUCGGGUAAUUUAAGACUAGGAGUAACUGUUGGUGUAAUCCUGGUACUGGUCAUGGCUGUUGGUGUGAUUUACUGUCGCUGCAGGAAGCAUAAGCAAAAAAGAAGAAAUGUAAGUAUUACACAUGAAAAAGUAAGAGAAAAAUAAUUCACUUUAUCAUGC